AGUCAUACACGCCAGCUUUGACUCUGCAUUGUUUGCCACGCACUUAUAAAUACUUGAGUCCUCCCACAUCACUCGAACUCAAACCGUACGCAAUAUAAAACAAAUUCAACAACAAUAUCCUCUCGUUCUUCCUCCUCCUCCACCACCGCCGCCGCAACCAUCGCCGAUAUGGCUGGUAACACCACCUCCAUAACAGACGUUCAUCCAGACAUCAUCCGAACUCACAUCUUGACCAGACUCGACGGCCCAACUCUAGCAUCCACUAGCUCAGCGUCCUCCCACUUACAUUCUCUCUCCUCAGAAGAUAAACUAUGGAGAGAGAUUUGCAACUCCACAUGGCCGUCCACUAUUGACCCACUAGUCCGCGCCACCAUCUCCUCCUUUCCCUCCGGUCACCGGUCAUUUUUCUGUGACGCCUUCCCCGCUUUCCGCCAUCUUUCUCGUCCGUCGCAGCCCAAUCGCCACCCUGGGCCGUCGAUACUUGAACUCAUCUCAGCCAUCGAUGUUCACUAUAAAAACAAGCUUGUGUUCUCCCAAGCUCAUGUGACCGAGACGGUAACCGGGUGGUUCCAGUUCUCACCGUUGAGGGUCGACCUUCUCGACUACAAAGAGACCGUGCAGACGCCGGUGAAAUUCUCCGGUGAUGAGGAGACUUGCCGGGCAGAUUUGGAAGAACACAUGAGCUUGAGCUGGAUUCUGAUCGAUCCAACCAAUAAACGGGCGGUGAAUUUGUCGAGCUUGAGGCCAGUUUCGGUGCUGCACCACUGGUUGACUGGAGACUUUCAGGUCCGGUAUGCGACAAUACUGGCCGGAGAUUUCAACGGUGAUCGAUCGGAAUUGGUGCAGUGCAGUGUGGUGGUGACUUGCGGAGGAGAGGAAGGAGGUGAAUUGCAGGUGAAAGAGGUGAGCAUGCAGGUGGAGGACAUGGAUGGGAAGAUUCUGAACGGGAAGGACAGUUUGGUAAUUUUGCAAGAGGCCAUGGAGAGUGAGAGGGGGAAGAGAGGGCAGGAGAGAGAGAGGUAUGAGGAGUUCUUGGAGAUGAGGAGAGAGAGAAGAGUGAAAAAACAGAGGAGAGAGAGGAGGUUGGACAUGGUGUUCACAGCCACCGCAAUUUCCAUUUUUCUUGCCUUUUGGUCGUUUGUUCUGCUAAGAUAAGAAAAAUCAGUCAUCCCUUACAGUUAUAGCUUACAGUUAUCAGUCAUCUCUUGGAUUAGUCAGAUACUCAGAUGAGAAAAUAAUAUAUAUUUUUUUAAUUUUUUAAAGGACAUAUUCGGUGUACAAAACACUGAUUAUUGUAAAAUUUUGAGAAGAUUAGAUAUAUACAGUUUUAAUCCUAUAAGGAGAGAAGUUAUUUUCGAGAUUUAAACAUGUGACCUUUAAAUUAUAAUAAAAUA